UCAACACCUUUUGGUACAGUAUACGUCUACCUUGGUAGCGAUACAAUCAUUGGAGAAUAUUUUUUCCUUAAGUGGAUUUAGUUUCCCGGAGCAGGCGGAUAAAUACGAAGUUAGAUCCGCCAUAAUUUUCAACAGAAUAAAAAGAUUCAUAGACUAAAUGACCGAGCUGUAUAUGUUAAGAUUUAGUAUACAGAAGUCUAUUUUUACUAUAUAUGUUAUAAUUUAAGAUUACGAUAAAUAAUCCGGGGCUUCCGGUAGUUUAUAUAUACAAAUUGAAUACUUAUGUAUCAAUUUACCUUACAGGUGGUGCGUUGUCAGAUGACAGCUUGCGCAGCUGUCCUUCAGCAAAGGUGCGGACAUGAGGUUUGCAGGUCCCAUGCACCCUGCGCCGUACAGGUCGAUGACCUCAUCGUCUGGCAUCCGGAUGCGUGUGAGAUCUGUUAUGGGCUUUUUGCCGAUAUAACCUCGGACUCGACCCCACAGGCUGUCAAGAACACAUCUCUUUCGACCCUCAAGAUCUGGGUUGGCGGAUUCGGCCGUAACGUUAAGGCUAAGAAACCUUAUAUUCUAUCAGAGGAGUUAUGCACCCUCCUCUACCCAAAUGCCAAGAUGUCAGCGGCAGUUCCCAAGGAAGUGGCUGCACCCAUUAUUGCCAAGAUAAGGGAAGACACGCAGUCCUUGCCUGAAGAUCUUGAGGGACUAGGGGAAGAAGUGUUAGAAGACGUGGCGGCCAUCAGCCUUGACAUAGAACCAAUGGUUUUGGAUGCCAGCGAUCAAGGUAGGGAGGUAAGUGGGGCAAGUAGUGUGCGGUCUAAGAUUCCUGUUCUUAGCCCUGCACCAUCUUUAACAUCUUCUCAUGCUUCUUUUCAAGGGUUUACUGCAAAGACCCUGGUUGGGGACAAACCAGGCUCAGUAAUACCAAAAGUCAAACACUUGAGGAAGGCCUUAUCUAAGCCAAGUAAACCAUCUAGGUUACCGAGACUUACCAAGUCAUUAAAUGCAUCUAAGUCUUCGGAGAUUCCGGUAGCAGCUACUCCCCUACAUCACGGGUCGAGAUCAAGGAGCUCCAAAUCUAAGGCUUCAGAACCUUCCUUUGAUCCGGUUGCCUUCUCUAAUCUUUUAAUGGAGAAGAUGGGAAGUAUGGUCCAAUCUCAGAUUGGAACCAUCUCGGAUCGGUUGCAGUCUAUGGACACUUUUGCUCAGAGACUGCAAAACCAGGAGAACAUGUUAGAAAAUCUCCUGAGAACCGGACUGCCACAACAACAACAGUUUGUGUUGCCAGACGCUUCCAAACUUCCGGCUUUCGUAAAGAGCAAUCCGUGGCGAUUGGCUUUACAUGCACCAUUCGUGGAUGGCAUGUUAACCAUAGAAGGAUGUGGAACUCGGCCGGUAGAGGACUUUCUACCCGCCGGGAUUGCAGUUUCCCUUCCCAGGAUAUGCUCGACUGACAGAGGAAGCGCUAGUAAGACUAGAUAA